UGCAUAGUGACAUAUACUCAACAGCACAUGCAUGAAUGAAUUAAUUAGGUAGUUUAGAGAUGCCAAUUAAUCCCAAGUUAAGCUGUAUCAGCAUGCAAUAAUUUGUUCUUGUUAGAAACGAAUGAUUAAGUCAACUUAAUACAAGGACAUAUAUAUAUAGUUAAACUUAGCUUACAAAAUUCAACGUGACCAAUAUUAUUUUUCUAAUGCCAUGUUGUUGGAUUGUUUUGCUAUGCUUUAUUAUUUAAUUUAAACCUCACAAUUAGGAAACUUGGAACCAAUAAUCUAUUCAAAGUAUCAAAUGACCAGUAACUACUCCUUCUUAUAUAUAAAUUCAAUUCAUAUGUGAUUGAACUGUAAAAGUGCCACAAGAAGAAGCGGGUUCUGCUUAGAAAGAACAAGAAACGAUGGGAAUCUGCAGAGAUAUGGUGGGUACCCAACAAGGGCUACGAAGGAAAGGAGGAAACAGAGCUGCACUUUUUGUAUACGCUAUGGAAGGACUAGAGAACAUGGCGUUCGUUGCCAAUGCGGUGAGCCUAGUAACAUAUUUCUUUGGCUUCAUGAACUUCAGCUUAACAAAAUCUGCCACAACCUUGACCAACUUCAUGGGAACUGCAUUCUUGCUAUCUCUAGUUGGAGGAUUCAUCAGUGAUACAUGUCUGUCUAGGUUCAAAACAUGUGUUAUCUUUGCAUCCAUGGAAUUGCUGGGAUAUGGUCUGCUUACAGCUCAAGCACACUUCCAGCAGCUAAGACCAAUAUCUUGCAAGAAUGGAGCAGCAUCACAGAUGAGUCAUUGUGAUGCUGCCACAGAUGGACAGGUUGCAAUACUCUACACUGGGCUCUACCUUAUUGCAUUGGGAACUGGUGGUGUUAAGGCAGCAUUGCCAGCAUUAGGUGCAGACCAGUUUGAUGAGAAGGACCCUAAAGAGGCUCCUCAAAUGUCAAGCUUCUUCAACUGGUUCUUGUUUAGCCUAACCAUAGGAGCCAUUGUUGGUGUUACUUUCAUUGUUUGGGUCAGUACCAACCAAGGAUGGGCUUGGAGUUUUACUAUUUGCACUAUUGCAGUCUUGUUUGCAAUCAUAUUCAUAUGCAUGGGCAGGUCUUUAUAUAGAAACAAUGCCCCAAAGGGAAGUAGCCCUCUAGUUCGAAUCAUUCAGGUUCUUGUAGUAGCCUUGAGAAACAGAAAAGUUCAGAUUCCAGAGAAUGCAGAAGAACUGCAUGAAAUUCAUGAAAAAGAAAGAGUGGACAAUCAUGAAAUCAUUAAAAGGACAAACCAAUUCAGAUUCUUGGACCGCGCGGCGGUUGUCACAAACAAUGAUGGACCAUGGAAUCUGUGUACAGUGACACAAGUAGAGGAAACAAAAAUCCUAAUCAGAAUGCUACCAAUAAUACUCAGCACAAUAUUCAUGAACACGUGUUUGGCACAGCUUCAAACCUUUAGCAUACAACAAGCCAACACCAUGGACACCAACCUCCAUGGCUUCAAAGUGCCAGGUCCCUCAAUCCCAGUCAUCCCUUUGUUGUUUAUGUUCGUCCUAAUCCCUUUAUACGACCGCAUCUUCGUCCCACUGGCACGAAGAUUCACAGGGAUCCCCACAGGGAUCACACACCUUCAGAGGAUUGGAAUUGGAUUGGUUCUGUCAGCUAUUUCCAUGGCAGUGGCUGGUUUCGUUGAAACACGCCGCAAAUCAGUGGCCGUACAACACAACAUGGUAGAUAGCACAGAGGCUCUUCCAAUGAGUGUGUUCUGGAUUGGUUUCCAAUAUGGCAUUUUUGGAGCUGCAGACAUGUUUACUAUCAUAGGUCUUCUGGAGUUCUUCUAUGCAGAGAGUUCAGCUGGAAUGAAAUCUUUAAGCACUGCAAUAGCUUGGUGUUCUGUGGCAUUUGGUUACUUCACAAGCACAGUGGUGGUUGAGGUGGUUAACAAAGUCAGUGGAGGGUGGCUUGCAAGUAAUAACUUGAACAGAGACAACCUUAAUUACUUCUAUUGGCUAUUGGCUGUGAUGAGUGUUCUCAACUUUGUGUUUUACUUAGUUUGUGCUUCUUGGUAUAAGUACAAAGCAGUAGAAGACAAGCACCGUGAUUCAAAAGAUAAUGCUCUUGAAAUGGUUAAUGCGUAGGCCUGCACGCUCUUCACUCUUCACUGUAAUUUAUAAAUUAUAUGCUGCUGUUAAUUCUUAUAAGAAGCUAGGUAAACUGUAUAACAAGGAAAUUGUUAUUAUUAAUAACUGAAAAUAAUGAUUGUAGUUGGCUUUUGUGCUAUGGUUCCUAUUAAGACAGCAAUGACUAUUGGUUCCCAAAUUCAUUCCUGGAUCAUCAUCAAGCAAUCAUACUGCAAGUUAAAUAAAGUAAUAUAAGAAGCAACCCUUGCAUAUAGCAAGUGCAGCAUGUUAAUGAAGGGCGUAAUAUUAAUGUCCAUCAGUUAUUUUUCAAAGUUCCGCAGUAACGAAUAUGAAGGAUCCUAUGACCCAGAACAAGAAGGCUUCUCAGUUCUCAAUUGUUUUUCCUUCCAGCAAAUUUAAGCGCUGUUUCUGGCAGCAACUCAACUGCGUCCUACCACAUAACUUGAGGCAUGCAAGUUGAUUGCUGAAAGAGCAAAAACAUAACUCUUCAUCGUGCUAAACAUAGUACUUCCAUUCAUUAAUUAGCUGCUAAUCAUGAUAUGACUGAGAGUUGAUGUCAUGAAUUGUCGAUUCCCAUAUGUUUGAAAUCUUAAAAAGUUAGAAGUUAUACUUUGUUCAUGAUUAUUGUCUUUCUUUUCUUUAUUUCUUUCUCUACUUUCUUUUCUUUUUAAUUUUACACUUGGUUCGAGCAAGGUCUUUUAACUGUAACUGUAAAGGCAAGCCUAUUCUUACCAGACAAGAGUUAUAUU